CGGGAGACUACUCAAAUCUCACUGAAUUACCUUGUUUCCUUCCUUGUCUGUAAAUAAAUAUGUGUCCUCAUCGAAAGGCCCUAGCCUAUACUAUUUUAUUUUAUAGUCACUUUAUUUGACUUGUAAAAUAAGCCGUGAAAGAUUAUUUGGUAGACCGAUUAGUUAAUUUUCCUAAUCCGAAGCUGUUUAUCAUAUAUAAUCUUUUAAAGACCAUUAUAGUAGUACUAGUGGGUAUACCGUACUAGUGAUAGUAGUGUGUAUGUUACGAUGGCGUCAGGUACAACAAAAAUUGAAACUGCAAAUGCUAUUUUUUUUAAACUUGGGCUUCUUAUUUCCUAUUUAUGCAUCAUAAGUGUAACAAUCUUCACUGGCUGCAGCGAGGGAACUAUAGCUGCAGAAGAACGAAUCGGUGAAUGUGUUUUCCCAAGCUAUCCAGACAAAAAAGCAUUAAAUGAAGAAAAAAUGAAGUUAGGCUCCUUAAUAGGAAAAACGUAGGUUUUUUUUUGUCAUGUGCUAGUGCUAAGUCCACAUAUCUUGUUGCACAUUCAUUUCACAUACACUCAUACUCAUUGAUUGAUUGGCAUUGAAUAUCACAAUUAUAAAUUUAUUUAGUAGACCAAGGCGUUGAAGGUGGUAAAAUAUUGUUUUAGUGAAGUUAAUCAUUUUUAAAAUUAAAAUUUAAAAUCUAAAUAGCUGCGAAUUUAAUUAUUUAUCUUACGCCUAUAUAAUAUGUAAUAAAAUAUGCAUACAGUGACUUUUUUUAAUUUAAGUGGGAUGCUCUGAGGGGACAGUUUUCUUUAUCACUUUAUGGUUAAUAUUUAAGCAUGUAAUUUUCAGCCAACUACAGAGUUAUUUCAUGGAAGGGAGCAGCAAUAAUAUUUUUUCCACCAACCCUAGCUACAGUACAGUAUAGUAUGCCAUUGUGUCAUGCAUAAUAUUGCACAUAGGACAUAGGCAGGGGCAAGUUAUAAAUAAAGUUGCACUAUUAUUUGUGGCCAAUUUUUGUAACACCCUCCCCCCACACCCUCAAUUGACACACAUCAUUGAUCAUCAUUUCAUAGAACAAAAAAUUGAGACAUAUCACUGAACACAUAGUAUAAUAUUUUUUUAAAUUUAAAACAUAGACUAAUAAAUAUUCACUUACCUUUGGCUCUUAAAUUAAAUAUAUUUAUUAGGCUAUUAGGCUUAGGCUUAAUAAAAUCACUAAAUUAUAAGAGUAUUCCACUAGAAUAGUUAUUACCAAAUGUACAAUAAUCCCUAAGAAUUCCACAAUAUUUUAAUAUUUUUUGAAGUGUUCCGGAAAAAAAUAAAAUUCUUGUAAUCCAAGUAUUGAUUCAACAUAGUCUGACAUAGUAAUAACUAAUAGUAAUGUAAAAAAGGCAAGCUGAUCAAGUCGAUUAGCCUGUGAGAAUCAGUGUCUAACACAACAUUUUAUUGCUUUCUUAUGAAGUUAUGUUAGUAACUGAUAUAAUAAUAGUCCAGAAUCACAUCGCUUUUAUUUUGAAAAUUAUUGGUUAAAUAAUUUAAAUGUGCUAAAAUGAUAUUUUACUGGCUUAGGCUAUUAUAGUCUUCAAUCUGGGCCUGUUUUUAUGACUACUUAGUUUAGCUAAUUCUAAUAGUCGUAUCAGGCUGUGUCCCCCAAUUUACAAUUUGUUAAUGAGAUUUUAAGUCUGGCUUUCAAAUUCCCUGACGUCGUGAAUAAAUUUUGUUUGCUUUUUUUUUUUUUUUAAAGACUUAAGUUUAAUUAAUUUAAUUUAACUAAUUACAUGUGCAAGUUAAAUUAAAUUUAAACAAUUCAACUUAGAAAUAUUCAAUUUGCUUUCUUUAAGUCUUAAGUUUCAUUGUCAAAUACAUGCUCAUACUUCUGACUCAUACUAUACUAAUACUUUUGACCUGAGUAACUCAGGUCUCAAUUACUACUGACUACUGGUUUAGGGUUUGACAAAUCUAGUAGGCCCUAUACCCUAAAGUAAAGCCCUUACCCAGCUGAGCCAGAUCUUAGAUUUUCACUUCAAACUAAUCAUUUCCAAGUGUCUCUAGUCUUGAUUCCUCAUUUUUACUUUGUAAUGCUUUCUUUUUGGAUUCCGGUGCUCACUUUGUUAUUUUCUGUUGCACUUACACAACUUUAGAGUUAUUCUACUGUAAACAAGGAAGCUCAAUAAUAAAAUUUAUAAAUAUAAUGUUCAAAAUAUUAUCAUGCAGUAAAUCCACUCUAUCCUAUCCACCUUCAAUAUUUCUAUCCCUCCUAUCAAUUUGUUCAACUGGUAUUUUUAAUCUACCCCCCACCCAGCACUCACACACCUACACCAAUUGUAUUGGCAUAUCAGAUAAUCACCAUUAAUACAGCCAAGCAAGAGCUCUGUAACAGCAAAACUGCUCCAGAUGGCAGCAUUGACUGUCUACCGCAACUAAAAGAAAAGUAGAAUUACACUUGAAAAAAAGAAUCAUUCCAUUAAUUAUUCUAUUAAGCUAUGUCUACAUUUAAGUCUAUAGCAUAGUCUAUGGGAUCUUAGUCUGAUUUUUGACUUUAUCCGCAAUCUUUCUUUCUAUUCUGUUACCGGUACUUUGUUACAUGUCUUGAUGUUUUGUUCACAAAAACAACAUGUGUCUUCUAAAGGCUUUCAUUAAUAAUUAAUGGAAUGAUUCUUUUUUUCAAGUGUAAUUCUACUUUUAGAUAAGCUUUGUGCAAUUCUACAACAGGAGCAAACCUUGCCCUGCAAUGAACUUGUAGUUUAUGCAAUGGUUAUCACUUACGACAGCCCAGUUUUUCAACGGAGGUUGUCUUGUUAUCACUAGGGAGAAGGACUAAACCAGAUAAUUAAUAUCUUUUCACCGUGUGCAUCACUCUUCUACCUUGAAUAAUUCAUAAUGAAUGGGUAUUAUUAGAUUAGAGUCUUGGCAUUACAUUAAAUUACAUAGAUAAUAAAACAAAAUAUUUUUAAAAAAGUAUCCUUUUUUUUUUAAAUUAAUGUAAAAAAUACCAAGAUUAAAAUUAAACUCUUUUAGCAAUACUUUAUUUUUGUUGAAGUAUUAUCGCUAUUAAUUGACUGCUGAAGACAUUUUAUAAUUUAACCAUUAAUCUUAAAUAAAUUCCCUUUCUUUAAUUUUAAUCAUUUUUGCUUUUAACAUUCUGAUCAACAGGUUUACAGCUCAAGUCACUAACCAGAAUGAAUCUUAUCAUUUCACCAUUGGUAUCUGUGCCGAUGUGAAGGGAGGUCAAGGUGUAGCAGUGUGGCAGCAGCCUAUGAAAGAUGGAAAGAUAGUAGAAAAAGAUGGAACAUUAAAUCACAUCAUUGGAUCCCUUAAAGAUACACAUAUUAUGACUGGAAGUAAGUUGUCAUUAAUAACCUUUUUACAAUUCCUUGACUGCUUCCCAAUCAUUAGCUGAUGAUCCAAGUCUGGGAUAUCCAUUCUUUAUUAAGUGUUGAUACCGGGUAUCAAUAAUAUUUCCCAAAACUAAAAAAUGCAAUUGAUCCAUAAAUUAUUUUAUAUCCUGUUUCCUUCUUGGCAAAACUCAUUAAAAUGUGUGUGCAAAUGUUUUAUUCCUUUUUAUAUUGCAAAUAUAUGUAUUUAACUUCUCUGCACUCAUGAUUCAUUUGAAUACUUUCUAGCGGACUGGGUUUUAUUAGAAUACAAAGGAGGGGAAGUUUAUGGAUCGCAUUGUGGCAGCGAACCAAGAAGAACUUCUAUUAUGAUAACCUGUGAUCCAGAUGUUGAACUUGUGAGUACCACAAAAAGAUACAGAUUAUAGUAGAGCAUCGAUUUUACUAACGCCAAUUUUCCAAAAAGUUGUGUGUCUGAACAGCCCCUGUCGUUUAUUAUUAUCAUUGCUCAAAUCAAUCCGCAUGGUUUGGAAAAUUUGUGUACAAUCACUGGAAAACAGUCGCACAAUCCAGGUAAAUUCUAGAUAUGCACUGUACGUAACUGAUCAGACUGGGGUAAUCUGAUUGUCAAAUGAGCUAAUAAAUAUUGCAAAAUAUGUGUCUGAAAAGACGUGACGUCAGGUUUUACUCUAAGCACCAAUCAACUAUUAUUGGAAACUAACUUUUUUUUAUGUUUAUAAGUUCAAGUCUCGACUGGGUUAUUAAUUUUUGUUACAUCAUUGUAACAACAUAGGGUAUAUUAGUGUUUAUCAACAUGGGCCACCUCAUAUUUCUUUGGAUCCAUAAAAAGGCCAAAUGAACUGUUAAAGAAAUACUGCAAUAAAGCACCACCUUAUGUAUAAAACUAUAUGGUUGAAUGGUUUUCUUUCAACUUGUUUAGUUUAACCUUAUUUAAUGGCAGUUUGAGGUUAUCUGAAAAAAAUUGUUAUCUGAAACACCCCUUGUCACAAUUAGUUUGGAAAAUCUACGCUCUACAGACCCACAGUUAAUCGGAUAUCAGGGACUAAAAAAGGUCCAUCAAUAAUUGAUUAUCAGUUAAAAACAAUCAGACACUCACUUUUAAGAGAUAUCUGCUGCUAACAAUCAAAGACACACUUGCAAUAGCUAGUUACAUACAUAACCAACCCAUUAUAGUUAUCAAAUACUAAUAUCAAAGACCCACUUGGAAUAGUUAGUUACAUUCAUAACCAACCCAUUAUAGUUAUCAAAUACUAACAUACCGAGAAAAUAUUUUGACAUUUAGGUUAGAAAAAUUCUACAAGUGUAAAUAAAAAAAGACUACAGUAAUUUUAUAUAAAUCUGUAAGUCCGUGGUUGAUAGCAAAGUAACCGUCAUUAGUGCCUUAUUUAAUAAAGUGUCUUUUUUUGUUUCUUUCUAUGUAGAAAGAUGUCAGUCUCAAAGUCUGAUUACUUUAUUACUUAUGAUGAAGUUUCUGUGUCUCUAUAGAACAAUGCUGAAAUGAUAUUCCUGGAAGAAGAGAACACCAAGUCAGACCUGUGCUUCUAUUUGUUUGAGCUGAAACACAAGGCAGUUUGUCCAAAUCCCUCAGGAGGUGGAGGGCUGAGCAUUGGAUCCAUACUUGUUAUUGUGUAGGAUUCUUAUUUUAAUAAUAACUCUUUGAUAACGCUUAGUCUAAAUAAAUCUAAGGUUGUUUUUUUUAAUGUGACCCAUUGGCAGAUAUGAAAGGUGAAUGAAUGGCCCUUUGGCAGAUAUGAAAGGUGAAUGAAAGGCUCAUUGGAAGAUAUGAAAGGUGAAUGAAUGGCCCAUUGCCAGAUAUGAAAGGUGAAUGAAUGGCCCAUUGCCAGAUAUGAAAGGUGAAUGAAUGGCCCAUUGGAAGAUAUGAAAGGUGAAUGAAUGGCCCAUGGCAGAUAUGAAAGGUGAAUGAAUGGCCCAUUGCCAGAUAUGAAAGGUGAAUGAAAGGCUCAUUGGAAGAUAUGAAAGGUGAAUGAAUGGCCCAUUGGAAGAUAUGAAAGGUGAAUGAAUGGCCCAUUGCCAGAUAUGAAAGGUGAAUGAAUGGCCCAUUGGCAGAUAUGAAAGGUGAAUGAAUGGCCCAUUGGCAGAUAUGAAAGGUGAAUGAAUGGCUCAUUGGCAGAUAUGAAAGGUGAAUGAAUGGCCCAUUGGCAGUUAUGAAAGUUGAAUGAAUGACUCAUUGGAAGAUAUGAAAGGUGAAUGAAUGGCUCAUUGGCAGAUAUGAAAGGUGAAUGAAUGGCCCAUUGGCAAUAUUAAAAGUGAAUGAAUGGCCCAUAGGCAGAUAUGAAAGGUGAAUGAAUGGCCCAUUGGCAUACAUGAAAGGUGAAUCACUGGCCCAUUGGCAGAUAUGAAAGGUGAAUCACUGGUUCAUUGGCAGAUAUGAAAGGUGAAUGAAUGGCCCAUUGGCAGAUAUGAAAGGUGAAUGAACGACUCAUUGGCAGAUAUGAAAGGUGAAUGAAUAGUGAAUGAAUGAUGUCGUAACUAAUAAAUCAAUGGACCAUUUCUUGACAUGUAUAAAGUCUUAUCAAGUUCUUCAGUUCACUCUAAAUGUAUUCCUGGCAGCUUUUUCACUGUUCUUGGAGUCUAUCUGUUCCUUGGAUUCCUCUACCAGAGAUUUGUUCUCAAGUCAAAAGGCCUUGAACAAAUCCCUAACUAUGAAUUUUGGAAAGACUUUGGCAACCUUCAAGCUGUAAGGAGAUUUUACUUAUGAAUGAUAUUAAUUUGAUUUGCAUCUAUGUUUUUCUUUCAAUGAUAAAAAUAAAAUAUAAUUUUAACUGAAUAAUAUUCUUUAGAUUAGAAACAUAAUUAUUGAUAUUUAUCUGUAUUACCCGACUUUUAACAGCUAUUUUGUUACAUUUGAUUAGGCAAAUAUUAGGAGAGUUAAUUAUUAGUACAUCAAGCAGUUAAGUGGCUAGAAAACUAUAUGGUAGUUAAAUGGCUAGACAGCUAUAUUAUUCAGGCAGCUAAGUGAAGCUAGUUGGUUUACUAAUUUCUUCUCCUGAUUCACUGGUUUACUUGUUCCUGCCAGGAUGGUUGUGACUUGAUGUGUCGGACCAGAGAGCACCGUCGCAUGCAUGGGAUGGGCGGGCUCGGUGAUGACCAACUGGAACCUUCAGAUGAAAUCAGAGAUGACAACCUUUUGCCUAUGUAACUGGCGACCUCAUUCCGAUAAUUUUUGUUUUUGAGAAUGUUAUUAUGAAUGUCUGCCUGUUAAAACUUUAUAAGCAUGAUAUGAUUGAGAUGCCCAAUAAUUAGAGGGUUACGUAACAUGUUUGUCAAAAAUGACAAAAUCCCAUACUAAAUGAAUUCAGGGACCCUUACAAGUAUACAUUUUCUGAAAGUAAAUUGGAAUCUUAUGGUAUUUAAAGAAUUUAUUUAAUAUUAUUUAUAUUGAUCUUGACCUUUACCAAGUGAGUAAAAUUUUACUGCAUGAAAUUCUAAAUUCAGUCCAACCUAAUACUCCAUAAAUUGUUCAAACUAUCAUAAAAUAAGUUUUUGAUAUACUGGAAGCAAUAUUCUUUCCGAAAAGGUCAAGUUAUAGUUACUUAUAUUGAAAGUUAUAAUAUUUUUGUCUUUCGCUACCUUCAAAUUUUUGUCUUACAAAAUGCAAGGGGGAGGGCACAAAAUGAGUUAAAAAGUUAAGUUAUUAAAUCCAUUUUUUAUUAAUUAAUACUCCUGAAGAUACAAAACAUAAAUGUCUUUGAAUUUCUUUAGGGUAGAUAUUUGGGAUCCAAUCUUUGUCUCCUCCGUUCGAUUUUCAACUUUUCCCAAAGAAUUUGUCUGUAACAAUACAACUAAGCUUAGGGAUAAAAUUGUCAAAAUCUCACUCUUUUGUCAACAUCACUGAUUGAGCUAAUACUGCCAUUACUAGUAUGUAGAAUAUCUCUGAAAUCACUUCAUUUUAAUACAUUUGAAAUAAUUCCAAUAACGAAAGUCUAUGUUGAUAAUUUUUUAUUUUUUUUUUGUGACGGGCAUGGGGUAACUCCAGUUCAGGCAUAGUGGAAGUAAUACAAAUUUCACACCCGAUCACAAAACAAGCCCUGAUAAAAGCAUGUUAACACAGAGAUAGAAAUAGAAAUGGGUUGCAAAUUCAUUUAUAAAGAGUGAUUUUUCCCCUUAGCCAAUAUAAAAUCAUUUUCAUUUUUAAUGAUGAUUUUGCUAGUGUGAAACUAUAGAAAGGGGUAUAAUGGCCCAUCUUGACAGUUAGGGUUAAAAAAUAAAUGAUUUUGUUUACAUCAAAUUUUUUUUUCUACAUGGUAUAAUUUUAAAAAUUACUUGACAUGAUUUCAAACCUGUUAGAUCAUGUUAUAAGAAACACUGACAGCCUUGUUACAGCUUCGGUUGCCAUCUUGAGCAAUGGCUCAUUAGUCGGCAUGGAGCAUUACACCAAUGUUUUAAAUUAAUUUUUUUAUUCAUCUUCAUGUAAAAUGUAGUUAUCAUAGAAUAAUAUAGACAAGAUGGGUAUACAAAAACAUUAUACUUACCAUAGAAUAUAGACAAAGGUAGAUAUAGAAUAUAGACAAAGGUAGAUAUAGAAUAUAGACAAAGGUAAAUAUCAGAAUAUAGACAUGGGUAGAUAGCAUAAAAUAUAGACAAAGGGGGUAUACAAAAACAUUUGUGAUAACUUAGAAGAUUGACAAAACUAUAUGUAGAUAUAGAAUAGAUGGGGAAUUGACAUUAUUGGUAUUGAACAUAUCAUACUAUAUAAAUGCAGGGGAUUUACAAUGCUAUAUGGUAAUAUAGUAUGGGGGUAGCGACAAAGCUAUAGGUCACAAUAUAAAAAUAGAGAACAUGGGGGUUAGUCAAAACUAUAUCUUAAUAGAGAUUGAGGACUUGUGGGAUAGACUGAACUAAGUACCAUACCAUAAAAAAUAAAAUAAUGUUCUAAAUUGUGUACAGCAUUCCUAUGAUAAUGUCAUUACAAUAUGAUGAUCAUCCACUGUGUGUCCCAUGAGAAGUUUUGUUUUAUAACACAGGUGCAAGUAUUUCAUUUGAAAAGAUUUUUUACUCCAGUUCCAUUGUGGCAAAUAUAUAUAUUUUUUUGGGUCUAUGCCCGGUUCCUAAGAUCUAAUUUUUUAAAUAUUAAUAGGGUGUCACUUUGUAAAGAAAUAUUUUUAAUUUCUUGUUAAAGUGAUUCCCAGUAAAUUGAGUAAUGAUAUUACAAAAAAAUCAAGCAAUUCUAACAAAAAACAUAAAUUGUACAGAAAAUAUUGUAUUUUUACAUAAUAUUUUUGUUAAUUGUAUUUAAAAAUUGUCAAAUGUGUAGAAGAUCAAUUUAGAUAAGAUAGUUUAGAUAGUAAAUCCCAUGAGAAACAAACUGACUCAUGUGUAUUGUUACAUCAAAAGCAGAGAUGAGUUUACAACAAGAAAAAUCAACAAAAACAAGAAACAUGUAAGCGAUUUAUCACAUGUUCAACUUGAAGAGACUUUUUAUGUUUAUUUUAUUCUUUUUUCUUUCAUUUAAAAUGAGAGGGACAAUUGGAGGGAAAUCUUUUCUUAUUGUCUUUAACAUUAACGUUUUCAAGUUUUUUAUUAUCACUCUACUUCUUUACUCGGAUGGAUGUUUAAAUUAUUUCUUUUUGCUAUUAAUGUUAACGUAUUGAUGUAUUAAAGUGUGACCAUAACUAUUAUUUAAUUAUAGUUUGUCAUUAGUUACAGCAUUGUCUACGACCAAUAGUUCUUAUCUAAUUCACUGCUCGUCAUAGUUUUAAAAAUUUGAUCAAUUAAAAUUGUUUAACAAGACAGUACUAGGCUCCCAGAAAAGCCCUUUGAAGGGGAAAAGACACUACUACAUUGAAUUAUCUUUUUAAAAUUAGGUAAUUAGUAAUGCAAUCUGAGGUGUCCGUUGUACAAUGAUGUUGAUAAUGGGUGAUAAAUGGACUACCAGCUGCCGUGAAAAAUAGAAAAUGAGAUGAAGGUGAUAAAUAGGCUAUGGGCUGAUGGUGACCAAUUUGCAGAGGUAAUGGUGAUAAAUGGACUAUGGGCUGAUUGUGAACAAUGGGAAAUGAGAUAAUGGUGAUAAAUAGGCUGAUGGCCAAUAAAAAAUGUGUGGAUAAAUGGAAAUUGAAAUGGUUGUUGCAGUGAGCUAGAGCAGGCCUGCACAACUCAAAAUGUAAGGCGGGCCAUAAUACUUUAUGAAAAACUUGUGCAGGCUCUGAAAGAAAAUAGGGCGGGG